CCGCCGCGCCGUUGGCAGAGAUGCCGCUGUAGGACCGCCGCCGCCCGCGCUCCGCUCUCCCGCCGCUCCUCCGCAGAGGCGGCCGGCAUGUCUCCGGCGCUGCUGGCGCUGCUGGCGCUCUGGCUGUGGCUGGGCUCGGGCGGGGCGCGCGGCCUGGGAGGCUCCACGGCGGGGCCGUGCGGGCUCCGCUUGCCGCUGCACAGCGCGCUGCCCGGGGCGCCGGUGGCGGAAGGACGGGCGCGGCGCUCGGCCGACGAGCGGGAACCAGGCCGCCGCCGCGCCGCCUCCUCCGCCACCGGCGGCCGCGGCAGCUUCGUGGCCAUGGUGGACAACCUGCGCGGGAAGUCGGGGCAGGGCUACUACGUGGAGAUGACGGUGGGAAGCCCCCCGCAGAAGCUGAAUAUCCUGGUGGACACAGGAAGCAGCAACUUUGCAGUGGGUGCAGCCCCUCAUCAGUUCCUGCAGCGCUACUAUCAGCGCCAGCUCUCCAGCACCUACCGGGACCUGCGGAAGGGCGUCUAUGUGCCCUACACGCAAGGAAAGUGGGAGGGGGAGCUGGGCACUGACUUGGUGGCCAUCCCCCAUGGCCCAAAUGUCACCGUCCGGGCCAACAUUGCCGCCAUCAUCAAGUCGGACAAGUUCUUCAUCAACGGCUCCAACUGGGAAGGCAUUCUGGGCCUGGCAUAUGCCGAAAUUGCCCGGCCGGACAACAGCCUGGAGCCCUUCUUUGACUCCCUGGUGAAGCAGACGCAGGUGGCCAACAUCUUCUCCCUGCAGUUGUGUGGCACAAGCUUCCCAGCCAAUGAUUCAGACACCCUGGCGUCCGUGGGGGGCAGCAUGAUCAUUGGGGGCAUCGACCAGACUCUCUACAGGGGCAACAUCUGGUACACGCCCAUCCGGAAGGAAUGGUACUAUGAAGUUGUCAUAGUCAAGAUUGAGAUCAACGGGCAGGAUCUCCAGAUGGACUGCAAGGAGUACAAUUACGACAAGAGCAUUGUGGACAGCGGCACCACCAACCUUCGGCUGCCCAAGAAGGUCUUUGAGGAGGCAGUGAAGUCCAUCAAGACAGCUUCCUCGACAGAGAAGUUCCCGGACGGCUUCUGGCUGGGGGAGCAGCUGGUUUGCUGGCAGGUGGGAACAACCCCUUGGAACAUCUUCCCGGUCAUCUCUCUCUACUUGAUGGGUGAGACCACCAACCACUCCUUCCGGAUCAGCAUCCUGCCCCAGCAAUACCUCCGGCCAGUCGAGGAUGUGGCUACCUCCCAGGACGAGUGCUACAAGUUUGCCGUCUCCCAGUCCUCCACCGGCACUGUCAUGGGGGCUGUGAUCAUGGAGGGCUUCUACGUGGUCUUUGACCGGGCUCAAAGGCGCAUUGGCUUUGCGGUCAGCACUUGCCAUGUGCAGGACGCGUUCCGGACGGCCUCGGUGGAUGGGCCUUUCCUGCACCCCAACAUGGAGGACUGUGGCUACAACAUCCCCCAGACGGACGAGUCGACGCUGAUGACCAUCGCAUACAUCAUGGCAGCCAUUUGCGCGCUCUUCAUGCUCCCUCUCUGCCUGAUGGUCUCGCAGUGGCGCUGCCUGCGCUGCCUCCGCCGCGGCCACGAUGACUUCGCGGAUGACAUUUCCCUGCUAAAGUGAGCGCUGCCCUCCCUCCCGGCCCAGAGCCUGUGCUGGCGACACGGCUGGGCAUUGGCACCGGGACCAUCGUCCCCUCUCUUGGGACUGCUGCGGCCCUGGCCUUCUCCCGGCGGGCAGCUGCUGUUGCAGGGGUGGUUCUGCUGCUGCCCGGGGCCCUCCAGAGAGGUUGGCAGGGCCGGUUGUGGCCGAAGAGCCGUUGCCAUCGCUUCCACUGCUGUCCCAGGAGUUUCACAACCGGUGCAAGCAGAGGGCAGGAGGGGUCUCGCCACCUGUCCAGAAAACACCUUUUCUCCCACCGCUCUGAACGAGAGACUGCUGCGGUUGGUGCACCAUGGAAGCACUAGAUGAAAAGGGGGGGGGGGGCUUCUGAGCAGUACUUUGUAAUUUAUUUGUGGGGGGGGGCUGCUUGUUUCUCUGAAUUUCAAUAUUAUGAAACCGAAGGUGGGUUGCUGUCCCCCCCUCCCAGGGUCUUCAGGGGCCUCCUUGGAACUCUGCCUGGUGACACCAUUUCAAGCCCCCCCCCCCCCCCAUGGCUGCUGGGACAGGGAUCGGCUCCAGAUGACAGACCCACUGGAUGGGCAAAGAGGGUGGAGGAGGCGCAGAGGUCCGGGAUUCCAGGAAUCGGGAAGGAUUUGUGGUGGCGAUAGCUGCCUGGGUGGGGGUGGGGGGGUGAGAGACCCUUCUCUGCUCUUCUUGUGUUGCUCCCCCUCCCCCCCCCUCCAGGGAGGCCCCAUGAGCCGGCCAUUAGGGUCAAAGCGCCAGGCCCCACUUCUGGGAGGUGGGGAGAUGGAACCUUCCCACUGGCAGUCCCUGUUGAACAAGCAAGCGCUGAGUCUGCCCUCCCCUCGGUGGGAUCCGAUGCCAGCCUCCUGCCCGGCUGCCUUGGAUGCCAAGGAAGCCGAAUCGGCAGCCUUGUCCUGGCACUUCUCCCUCACCCCUUCUGCGGAUCUGGCCCAGCGUUUUCCCUCCCAGCCCAGGAGGGUGGGAAGGUUUGGAGAGGUUGAGGCCGAGGCAGCCCUGUUGCCAGCCUGGGCACCCAGUGGCCUUGGGCAGUUGGGGGCAUCGGAGGCUUCUCAGGGAACGGAGUCACAGAGACGUCUUUCCUCAGUAGCCGGCAGCUGGCCUGCCAUGGGGCCCCUGGCCGUCCCCCUGGCUCUGUGGCACAGUCAGCUGUGAGCCCCCAACAUGCUUUCUGCCAGUCAAGGGGCCUCCGGGCAGCUGGCCACCCUGGACUCUGAUCCCUGCUCUGGGGCCUCUGCUGAGCGACACGUGGGGGUUCAGGCAGGAUUGGAACCGGCGGUGGCCAGACCCCUCGGCAGCACAGGCAGCGCUUCUACCGUGGUUUGGGUUUCUGCUUGAGCAGGGGGAUAGGCUAGCUGACCUCCAGGGUCCCUUCCAACUCCCGUUAUUCUGGGGUUUGUUUCCUUUGCAGCGGACAGAAGCAGGUGAGGAGCUAAAAUCCCCUCUGCUGAAUUCCCUUUGGGUGUGAGAAGGUCCCUUUUCAGGCCCCUGGCUGUGCUCUGCCCGAGAGCAGAGAGACGGCUGUGGGGAGGCUGACAGGGCAGAGACCCCACUGCUGCUGUCCACGGAAGACCCUCGGCGCAGGAGGCGGCCGUGGGAGAUGGGGAUCAGCUGCAAUCCACGUCCUUGUACAAUAUUUUGUAAAUAUUUGUAAUAUUGGCUCCCCAAUCUUCCCAUUUUGUCUCAAAUGCAAAAAGAGAAAAAAGCUGGAAAACCUUUUAA